GUGUUAUGGCCUAAGGUGCAAAGAGGACUAUAUAAACUUGGACAAACUGACUGGAAAUCAUUCAACUCAUUGGGUUUAUACAUCCACAAAGAAUAUCAAACAAAAUGCGUUUUGUGUGUCUUUUCGCUCUUGUUGCCAUGGCAACUGCUGCCCCAAGUGGCUAUUCUGGUGAUGAGAACAACGACGGUGUCCCAGACAUUUUGGAUGCUAACCGUGAUGGCAAAGUCGACUAUGGAUAUGGACAUGGACACUUCCAUGGACACCACGGACACUUCCAUGGACACCACGGACACUUCCACGGACACCAUGCCCAUGGUUACACCCCAUAUGGAGAUGGCUACCCAUAUGCCAAUGUUGGACCUAACGGAGCUGUUGUCAAAUCCCCAUCUGGUCUGAUUGUUGGAGACAAUGGUGGUUACAUUGAUGCCCAGAGUGGAAAGGUUGUUGGACCCAACGGAUAUGUUGCUCCACAUGGUCAUGGAUAUCAUCAUUAAGCUUUAGCCAGUUGUUCUCACAAGAUAUGGUGACCCCAGUUGACAAGUGGAGGAGAGAUCAUCACCAGUUUACUGUACUGUGUUUUAUAACAAUAAAAUCUGAUAAUUAUGUAACUUCUUAUGUUG